AUGGAAAGUCUUGGGCAGCAGUGGGCUCGACUGUUUGACAGAGGUGUUCACAAAUGUUAUGGUGAAGGAAGAGAUGUCAGAAAAAUGGAGAACGAGGGGUACACACAGGAUUAUAGAAAUUAUAGAGGAACCAAUCUGACCUCACAUACCCUGAAGAUCUGGGAAACAAACAUAGACAGGAGGAAAAAGUUGUCAAUAUCAGGACAGCAGUUUGGUUUCAUGCCCGGCAGGAGUACCACCGACACCAUUUUCUCAUUGCAGGCAACUGAUGAAGUACAGAGAAAGGCAGAAAGAGAUGAACUGUGUGUCCAUAGUUCUAGAAAAGGCCUACGAUAG